AUGGAGGAUAAAUACAUAGGACUCGUACUAGCCAUCACCUCUUCUUUGGCCAUAGGAAGUUCUUUCAUUUUGACAAAAAUGGGCCUAAACGCUGCUUCCGAGAGAAACAACAACGAAGGGGCUGGCUAUGAGUAUUUGAAAAAUCCAAUUUGGUGGGGAGGGAUGGCCACGAUGGCUGUUGGUGAGGUAGCUAACUUCGCGGCAUAUACCUUCGCGCCUGCAAUUAUGGUUACUCCGCUAGGUGCGCUAUCUGUAAUUAUCGGUGCAGUCUUGGCGGCGAUAUUUCUCAAGGAAGAGCUUGGAACUCUAGGAAAGUUGGGGUGUGCCAUAUGUCUCCUUGGUUCCGUGAUCAUUAUAUUGCAUGCUCCAUCUGACAAAGACAUUGAAACUGUCGAUGAAAUCUUGGGUUACGCCAUGCAGCCUGCAUUUGUACUCUAUGCUUUGCUGGUGACUGCAUUUGCAGUUUUUAUGAUUUCUAGAGUGGUUCCCGUCUAUGGAACGAAAAACCCCAUGGUUUACAUAUCUAUAUGCUCCACGGUGGGAUCUAUUUCGGUGAUGGCAAUCAAGGCAUUUGGAAUUGCUUUGAAGUUGACUUUAAGCGGCAAUAAUCAAUUCACGCAUCUUUCUACCUACGUCUUCAUAAUCGUUGUGGUUGUAUGCAUUAUGACACAAAUGAAUUAUUUCAACAAGGCGCUGGAUCAAUUUGAUACAUCUAUUGUGAACCCUCUUUACUAUGUGACAUUUACGACUGCGACUCUUACCGCUUCCUUCAUUUUGUUCCGUAACUUUGAUGAAAGCAACACAAAGGACUCCGCGUCAUUAAUAUGCGGGUUUCUCAUUAUCUUUUCUGGUGUUUACCUUUUGAAUUUGGCUAGAAAGAAGAACCACAGUAGACUAUUCAGCCAUCAGCAGGAUGUAGAAAACAUUCCUCUGGACAACAAUAUUGGAGGGUUUGUGAGAAAAUCUUUUCAAGGUACGCACCACCGCGUGGCCUCACAGACGUACCAGAGUGAAGAAAUGGUGCACUUGACUGGCGAAGACGAAGACGUUGAACGGUUUCGUGUCUAA